UGGUAACAUAAAAACUUGCCUCUGGGCAUCAGCCCCCAUCCAUCUUUCUCCUGCUCACACUGAUAUGACUUUGACAAUGACGGAAGCAUUCGACGCUCAGAUGACUGACUCUGGCGAUGUCGACGUCUCAAUGUACUCGGGCAUGGCGACUACGGACUCUUGGCUCUCCGUAGAGGCAAGUAUGGGCGAUGAUGAUCAUGCGGCGGAUGCUGCUACAUACCAUUACGAGCAGGAAGGCAUUGAGAUUGAGAUGGGCGACGACGACGAAGACGCGCCCAUCACCGAGUACGAAAUGGCCGACGAAGGCGAGGGUUACGACGGCUCUGAGAUUCAGGAUAUCGAGGUGUACGACAUUUCGCAAAUUGCCUCGCCUCUUCCUGUGGACGACAACGUCUUCUCUGCAAACCACCCCUCGCAUGCGGAGGACACAGAGAUAAUGCAUAUCCCAUUACCCUCCGAUGGACCCGUCGAACCUCUCCUCCCCGCAACCACACCUGUGGAGGUCACUGUUGAGACCGAGGUCAUCACGGCGGUAGAUCCCACCCCUCCUGGCGACAAUUUCCCGACCACGGACGUAGCAGACGACGACUCACUCGUUUCGCCCCAGCAGAAUGCUAUCCCUGCUACCGCAGCGCAGGUCCCGGAAGCUCGAACAGUGCAUGUAGAUACCCCCGCUCCCGACGACUCAUUCAUCCCUGUGGCGGACGCUUCCAGGACAUCUACUAGCCAUUCCGGAUUCGUGGAAGUCACAACACACCAAGAUGCGCCUGAGCAGGCCGCAGUCGAGCACGAGUAUCUCCUACAACACGAUCUCUCAACACAGCCGGAUCUCUCUGAGCACAACGACCACGCGGGAGAUGACCCUGCUGUCACAGACGAUCGGGACCGUGGCGCGGCCGUGGUUAACGAGUCACCUCAUGGUGUCGCCGUUGACGGCAAUGAUCCGCAUGAGAUCUCGGACGGUGUUUACAUCGACCCUCCUCCUGCCGUGCUCUUGUCACUUCCUCCCUCCGCAGAUUUCGGCGAAUGCUGUCUUUUCAACUUGCCGACUUCGAGUUCGCCGCAGAGCCCCUCAAGCAGUGCGCAGCCGGAUACAGGUGAUGGACCUCGGCUUCUACUGCAGGAGAGACCUACUCUUUAUUACGAACCGCUUUCCGCAGUCUUUGCGGCUCUGCGUCAAGAGCAAUGUAUACACAGUAUGCCGGGCUUCGCCGAAGCUGAGUUGGUGCUGGAUGCUUACGAUCUCCAGCUCACAGUAUCUGAGGAUAAUGUGUACACUCAUGAAGUCACGUUACAUGAACUGAACGUCAUCCAUGACGGUUCUGAUCUGAGUGGACCCCUCAGGCUUCGCCUUAAGAUCUUCAGCCCUCGAUUCGCAACACGCUACAGCAUGCUUCGAGACCAGAUCUCACGCCUCAACUUCGUCGAGGACGGGGAUGCCCACGCGGAUGCUGCUCCCGUCCAGCAGGACCAACCUAACUUAACACAUGACGGGCAGCACGAUGGUGAAGACGGUGAACAGCAACCGCCUGAAUACAGCGUUCCUGAAGUACAUACUUCUGGAUAUGCUGACGAAGAAGCUCACGUACCUGGAACCGGGGUGGCUACUGCUGUAAAUGGUGCCGAACAGGAGUUGACAGAUGCGGAUGCCCUGCAAGGGACAACUGGAGAGGCAGAGGAGGCUCUGUCGAAGACAGAUGAUGCGGCGACAGCCAGGGAAGGUGUGGUGGCAGGCGUUGAUCCGGCGGUCCAAGCAAAACAGUUGGCAGCUGCACAGGAGAGGAUCGAGGACGAGGCGGACGAGGACGAGGACGAGGACGAGGACGAGGACGAGGACGAGGACGCAAGCGGAGAAUAUGAUGACGAGGGUCCUACAUUUGAUGCUGACGAGGUGCAUGGGCCUCCGGCUGAGGAGGGCGGUGACUAUCUCGACCAAACAACCUUCCCCGAUGACGAAGAUGAGGUCGGAGAAGAUCUUCCAGAGGAAAUCGGCGGUGAGACUAGAGAUGAAGCCUAUCCCUAUAUUGGGGCUACGGACGAUCAGUCCGAGCGCCCUCAGGACGCGAACGACUUCGAGCGCGGGGUGGACCUGGGGGUGGUUGGAGAACAUGAAGAACAACAAUACGACGAUACCGGUUUGCACACCAAUCCUUAUACUGAUUUGCACGACGAACCCAACAGUAACGAUGCUCUUGAGGCUGGCGUUGAGGAUCCGCUUCAUCCAACAUCCGAAGAAUACACUGAAGAAGACGUUGUCAAGAAGACUGAAACUGCCGGUCACAAGGAGUCGGUUGCACUACCGACAGAAGCAGAGGAUGGACUCGACGAUAACUGGGACGAAGCCGACACACUGUCUUCCCACGAGAACGCAGACGCCUUAGAGCACUCAGCCGUGUUAUCGCGCAAGAGUUCCACCGCCACCCUUGCUAGCGGUGUAUCCAAGCGUGCAUACGACGAGGUCGACCUCGACGACUUCGACGAUGACGAGGACGACUUCGACACUGCGGCCAGCUCGCCGAGUGCGAAGAGGUUGCGCACGCAGUAAAUUCGUUCUCGUCGAGCGGACGCCCUGCGCCGCCUUUCUAUGUGUUCACCAGGAUGAGCCCUUGUCGGUUGACACAGUCUCUCAUGAGGGUCUGCGCCCGCGAAGUGUCUCCUGGUUACGUUCGUCACAUCUCUCCUGGUUCCGACGCUUCCCUUCCGAGCCUCAAGUCUGCAAGCCACUUCUGUAUCAAGCAUUGCGAUGGUAACUUCUGCAACUCGAGUUCAAGUGACAGGAUAUGCUCCCAGGAAUCUUUGCCUCGCGUCUCCAUGUUGUGUACGUGCUGACCUUCACAGAUACAUGACAUUCUCGCUUUCCCCGGCAACUGUCUAGCGGCAACACCAGGAGAGGCGGAUAGGAGGGUGGUGGUUGGUGAGGUGUUUGGUGAGACGGCCUAGGCUUCCCGUUGGUUGCUAGUUCCUUGACCAAUACUUCCUAUUGCUCGUUGUUGACGUUCAUACUGUCCACAAGCUGUUCGGCACUGUUGCCAUCGCAUUCAUACUCUAAGCUCAAAAUCAAUUGUUCAUCGU